GGUUUCCAGGUAAACACGUUGGUUAGACUCAUGCUUGUCUUGGCAGAAGGUCACUGACCACAUCCUGCUUUAUCACCAUGGAAACAUCCAAAAGUCUGUGGUGCCCUUCCUCUAUUUCUCUCGGUGUGUGUGUCUCUCACACACUCACAAACACAAACAUAAAGGUAAAAUAACAAGAAGUACAGUGGAGUUCAAGUAUAUUCAACCUAAUAAUAAUUAUAUGGAUACAGAUGGGAUAAUUAAAGGGAUAAAAAUUAUUUUAAUUUGUGUCACUUAUCAUUACACAAAACCUGCUCUUCUGCUUACAGUAAAUGGGCUAAGGAGCACAUGGACAAAUGUAACCCUGAGCAUCAAUAGCGGCUUCACUCACUAAUGUAUUUACUACUGCCACCAUCCUGCUUUGGAAGGCAGCCAAAGUCUGUGAGUUCAUGUGUGCGAGAUAUAGAUAUUAUAAGUUGUUCACAAACCAUAGUGAGGGAAACUUACAGCAAGGUGUUAUCAAAUCAUGUUACAUGAUUUGUUGAAUAGUCCAUUAUGAUUGAUCAAUUACAGCCCUGGUAUUGACCUCACAACCAUCAGGUGUUGUAUUUGGAAGCCGUACCACUAGAGCCACCACCACCUUACAUGUUGAUGUCUGUUUGUGGGUUCAGUAUUUGCGACAGGGAAUUCCCAGUCAGAGAGCAGUGCUGGCGGUGGACAAGGCCAUCUCUGUUUUGCAAGUGGUUUUUUUUGGAUCUUCCAUCAGAGGAAGGACCGCGGUUUGCGUUUGUGUUGACAAUGAAAAUUCCUCCUCUUCCCUGCCCACCUACGCUCCUUUCUUCCCUUCCUCCUUUAAAUGUCUUCUGUGGCGUAUGAAUACCAUAACAGUCUAAGAAUGUGUUCAAUGUGCAAUUCCGAGCCAGCCAAAACUCGGCAGCCGCCACCGUCAGACUGAGCCCCAGUCAGUGGCCAAAGAGACUUGAGCUCAGCCAGGACAACCCUCAACCCUUACCCUUGCUGGAUGUGUAAAUGGGCAAUUUUCUGCUAACUCAUUUGAAACAACAGAUUGCCUGUGUCUCUGGUGUCGUCCCAUCAUGGAGAGCUCCAUCACACUCUGGCAGUUCCUCCUGCAGCUGCUUCUCGACCAAAGCAACAAACAUCUCAUCUGCUGGACAUCCAACGACGGCGAGUUCAAGCUCCUUAAGGCAGAAGAAGUGGCCAAGCUGUGGGGACUGCGCAAGAGCAAGACCAACAUGAACUAUGACAAGCUGAGCAGAGCCCUGCGCUACUACUACGACAAGAACAUUAUAAAGAAGGUGAUCGGCCAGAAGUUUGUCUACAAGUUUGUGUCGUUCCCUGAGAUUCUUAAGAUGGACCCUGCGGCGGUGGAGUCAGGUCGCAGCAGUGAGGAAAGUGGGGGUGCGAUGUCAGAGCCUGAGGCUGAAGACGAGGAAGGGGGUGGGAGAAACCAAUACCUCCACUCCGGCCUGUACUCCUCCUUCACUGUCAGCUCCCUGCAGCCCUCCUUAGAACCGUAUCCACCAAUCAAGACGGAACCCAGAUCCGACCGCCACGGCGACGGCUCCUCUGUCAUACGAUUCGUAACAAACCGUGGCCACUCCUCCCUACCCUGCACCCCACCCCCAUCCUCGACUGAAACGUCAAAUUUCUCCAGACCGUCUCCUCGGCAGGCCCGCUCCUCCUCCUGCUCCUCCUCCCCGCCACUAAGCCCCUCCCACACACAGUGGAGGGGGUGGAGCCAGAGCUCAGAGACUAAUGCGUUAGAGCUGAGCACUCAACCUCUAAACCUGUCAUCUGGUCAGAGGGAGAGGGAGAGGUCACAGUGCACGACAAUGCCGGAGAGGAGUAGAUUGGCCAGUAGCAGAAAACCCAAAGGCUUGGAAAUCUCUGCCUCCUCUCUCCUCCUGACAGGAAGUGACCUCGUCUCCAUUGCUCUCAAUAGCCCGGCGCUGCCUUCAGGUUCACUGACCUCUGCCUUCCUCACCACACAGACUCCGUCUGGUCUGCUGCUCACUCCCAGUUCUCUACUCUCCAAUAUCCAUUUCUGGUCCAGCCUGAGCCCAGUGGGACCCCUCAGCCCUGCACAGCUGCAGAGCCAUGCCCCCCUCUUUCAGUUCCCCACACUGCUGAAUGGACACAUCCCUUUCCCUUUACCCAGCAUGGACGCUCCCUCUCCUCUGCUGCUCUCCUCUAGUUCCCAUAAGUCCUGAUGACAGCCCGAGCUCCAAGAGCGAAGUGGAUCAGCACAGAUCAGGACCAAUCAGUCUUAGACCCUGACGAUGAAGCACACACAGUCGAAUUACACUUUGAUCUGAAACCUGUUCUUCUGCAUUUAUUAUAUGAAGAAACAGGAGUUUCACCUUGAAGCUUUGCAUCAGACAUUUGUUUUUGUUACAACUGCUCAUGUUCUUUACUUUUGUGUUUGUUGUUCAGACGUCGUCACUUUUCUCAUCUCAUUUGAUGUCUCAUCUCAUUCUACUUGUUCUGAACUUCAGUGGUACAGACUGGUUGCAAUUUCAUGAAUGUUAUUCCUAUGUUUCCCCAUGCCCCAACUAAUGUCAAUAUCCACACCUCUGACUCAAACAACAGAGAUUUGGGGAAAUCCUUUUCAGGAAAUGAAGAGAUAACAAGUUCUCAAGAAUGAUGGAUGCUUCACUUAAUAGUACACACAUGUACUUCAUGCUUUCCUUUGCCUUUCAUUGUUUUCCUACCGCAAGUUAGCAUUAGCGAGAAGAUUGAUGGCCUCGUGUUAUCCUGUUUGUAAGCUCCAUAUGGAGCUAGAGCACGGAUACGGUUAGCUUAGCUUAGCAUAAAGACAGGAAACGGUUUGCCUUACUGUGUCCAAAGGUGACACAAUCUAACUACUAUCAGCUAAAAAUUAACUAAUCAACUUAAUAUACGUAUUAAAAUGUAAAAACAAUAGUUUAGAGUUCAAUGGGGGACUGAAGGUUGACCCCAGGGGGUCACCGCUCCUGGCACAUAUUCUGAGCUAACCAGCUGCUAGCCGUAGCUACAUGUUUAACUGACAAACACUGUGAAAUCAGACAUCAAUCUUCUCAUCUUACUAUUGGCAAGAAAGUUAAUUUCCCAAAAUGUCGAUUUCUUCCUUUAAAUUUGAUCAUACAAUUGACUAUAACCAGGUAUUUAAAUGCUAAAGGCUUCACAGGCCUGUUACCUACCAUGACAGAUAGCAAGUAGUGGGUGAUUGUAUUUCCCCCCCUGUGCUAAGCCUUUAAAUAGACAAAAAAUAUUUUAAACUUGAUAUACAUUUGUCUAGAUCUGGAUUGUUUGAGCUUGGCCACAUGAUAUGAAUCCACACCGACUCCUAGCAAAAGCACCUGCUAGCCAGUGCGCUAUAACGCUCUGAAAGUCUUUUGUUUUGUGUAUUGCUUUGACUUGACGCUGUGAACUUGUUUUUUUUUAUCUGUAUUGCUUCAUGCUUAGUUUUUUUUAAAUGCACUGUACUUUUCAGCCUUGUACCAGCUGUGCCUUCACUAUUGUAUGACUUGUGUAAAUGUACAAUAUUAAGCUUUAAACCAGGUUUUAAUAGACAUUCCAGGUUAAAAUUGCACAAAAGCUUUUUAUUUUUUUGUGCAGUGCCUCCUGGUUAUUUUUAUAGAAAAAUUAAUGGAAAUGUAUUCUCAAUGAUUUGUGUUUUGUUGAGAGAAAUGUUACUGAAUUUUGGAAUAAAAUUGAUUACUUUUUAGAAAAA